CACCCACCCUCAGACACCACUGGAUGUACAAUGCCACAGCCUAUCACCAUAGCUACGAGGACACUGGGCUCCUGUGUAUACAUGCAAGUGCUGAUCCUCGACAGGUCAGGGAGAUGGUGGAGAUUAUCACUCGGGAAUUCAUUAUGAUGACCGGGUCAGUGGGAGAGAUGGAGCUGGAACGAGCGAAGACCCAGCUGAAGUCGAUGCUGAUGAUGAACCUGGAGUCACGUCCAGUUAUAUUUGAGGAUGUUGGACGGCAGGUACUUGCAACAGGGACCCGAAAACUGCCUCAGGAGCUCUGCACACUGAUUGGUGCGGUAAGCGCAGACGAUAUUAAGAGGGUCACAACGAAAAUGUUACGCAGCAAACCGGCUGUGGCAGCCCUAGGAGACCUCAGCGAUUUGCCAACAUAUGAGCACAUUCAGCACGCACUGACCAGCAAGGACGGUCGUCUACCCCGCAUUUACAGGCUGUUCCGGUGAGUGGGGCCUUCUCCUGGUCCCCAGCUGAUGAACAGAGACACUACACCUCAAGUCCUGGUAUCUUGUAACUGUGUAUCUGUGAGCUGCUUAUGGUGAGCAGAGAGAGAAAUAAUUGUGUGUAACUAGACCAGAAGAAGAGCAGAACGCAGUGUGGGUGAGAAGUGGUCUAAUGUACUUGAUAUUAUAUCAAGAUAGUGAGAUGAAACCUGCUUUGAAAUGAUUCGCGUGUCUUUAAUUUGUGAUGCUGCUACAGUCACCAGCUCCUGGACUGUGAUCAUUCUGUGUUAAUGCACAAAACCGUUCUGUCCAGUUAUAUAAAUUUUAAUUGUA